UAGUUAACUCUAUUCCGAGAGGCAGUGGUUUGGGAUACAGCCUGGUCUCCACACCGGAAGACUUCCCGCUGCUGAGCAGCCAUGGCUGAUGUCCACGUCCGAAUAUGUGAGCAGGAGAUUAUUAAAUAUGAUCUGGAAAUUAAAGCUCUGAUACAGGAUAUCAGUGAAUGCACUGGGCCACACACUAAACUAACAGAGCUCAACAAUACAGUGAAGGAGAAAUUCGUCCGUCUUCGGCAGCGGAUCCAGGAUCUGGAGCAAAUGGGGAAGGAGCAGGAUAAAGAAUCUGACAAGCUGGCUUUGCUCAGACAGGUGGAGGGUCAUCGGAAACAGAUGCUCAGUAACCAGACGGCCUGGAGGAAAGCCAACCUGGCCAGUAAUCUGGCGAUUGAUAAACUGGAGAAAGAAGAUUUGCUGAGUGUGGGUGACACUGCUGCAAGACAGAGAAAGGUGACGAAGGAGAGCCUGGUUCAGACCUCUAGCGACAUCACAGAGAGCCUGAUGAACAUCAGCAGGAUGAUGUCGCAGCAGGUGAAGCAGAGCGAGGAGACCAUAAGCACUCUGGCCACAUCAUCAAGAACGGUUCAAGAAACCAAUGAAGAGUUUAAGGCUAUGACAGGGACCAUUCAGCUGGGACGAAAACUCAUCACAAAAUAUAACCGACGUGAACUGACAGACAAACUGCUCAUCUUCCUGGCCUUGGCACUCUUUCUGGCCACUGUCCUGUAUAUUCUGAAGAAAAGACUCUUCCCGUUCCUUUGAUCUGGAGCAUUUGGUGUAAUCCGACGAGGAUCCGGAAUCAGUUUCCAUGUGACAGUUUUCCGAUUACAGAGUUAAGUUAAUGUUGGACUAAACUGUUCUGUCAGUGGUGAUUUGCAAUUCUAUAUUUAUUCCAACGCUUGCCUUAAUCUGUAUCAGGGAAAGCAUCAGUGUGGUUUUUCAGGAAGAAAAUGCACUUUUAACUUUUAUAAAGUGUGAAGUGUAAAGUAGCUGAUGACCGACUUGUGCUGGUAACGCCAAUGUAAUGUACCUGAAGACUGAAUCAUGGUUGCCUAAUUUGUGUUUUAUAUUUUCAUUCCUGAAGAAAUGACUAAUAAUUGUCACCUGUCUUUAUGUUGUUAUGUAUUAGUGCUGUAUAAUGUGUUAUUGCACAUUCAAUACAAAGUCUUACUAACUGUCAGCCAGUGCUGAAAGGUUACUUUUGAAAACGCUCUCAAGAGUUUAUGAGAAGUCUGAAAUGUAUUUUUGUGGAGUUAUCACUGAAGAAUGUUGUUUUAAUAUGAGAAUUUGAUUUUAGUUCUCCUUAACCUUCACCUCCAAUUACAGUUAUGAUAUGUAAUCAAAAUCUUUGUUAAAUACUGACAUCAAAUAUAUAUCAAAAAUAAAUCCAACAUUUAAUGUAAAUCUGAUGUAUUUGCAGAUAUUUGACCUUUUCUGAAAACGUCAUAUCCAUUAAUUUGGUUAAAACCAUGUAACUCAGGAUCCUAAGAGGAACGUAAAGAGAUUUUAAACAAAGUCUGUACAGUGGGUAGUGUUACUGCCUCACAGCUCCACCUCCAGGUUACUAGCAUUGUGGAGUUUCUGUUUCUAUA